AGUCUUGCACAGGUGUACUGGCUCCUCCCCUUCAGUCUAGCACAGGUGUAUCGGCUCCUCCCCUUCAGUCUAGCACAGGUGUACUGGCUCCUCCCCUUCAGUCUUGCACAGGUGUACCAGCUCCUCCCCUGGACUGGAAUGGCUUCCUCUGAUGUCACCGCACACUGGGAGCUUCUCACAAUGUGCAUUAGAAGCUGCAGCCAGUCAGAUAGAGCUCCGCCCCAUUUCCUGGCUGGAGGACGUCCAGCAUCAUCUAGCCUGGCUGUCCCAUUCCUUCAUUGGAUUUUACAUCUUUCAAUCAUGGAGGCUCACAUGUGGGUGUUUUCUAUGCAAAUACAGCCUGCCUGGGAACACCCACCCCUCCAGACUGACACACCACUCAUCAAGGCAUUUUGAUAUCUGCCUAACUCCUCCCACUACUUGCAUCAGGACUGAGGGCUCUUGGGAGGAGUACCUCUGUAGAGGGCUGUGAUGUUUACAGGAAGCUCUAUACAGCACUCUAUCAAUCCCUCCCACCAGACAUGAUCUGCUUGCAUUGCAUAGAAAAGCACAGAGAG